GCGCUGCGGGGGGCCCGGCGCCCGGCCCGCGGCCCCGGCAGCUGGCGGCAGGGCGGCUAGUUCAAGUUGCCAUAGCGGCGAGGUUGCUCAUGAGAACAAAGAGGAAUGCUUAACCAUAAAUAGCUUCAAGACACUGAUGGCAGAUUCAUCCAGUGAUUCAGACAACUUAUUUACGGCUCGGGUUGGAAGGCGGCCUUUGAGAGCAUCCCACAGCAGAGCUCAGAACUAUGGUGCUGAAGAAGUUACAGAGAAGAUCCAUACUUUAGCAAGCACUUUGCAGGAUACCAACAGAAAUCUAAGACACGUUGACCAUUUGCUAGGACAAUACAGAGAAUACAACAAGGAACAAACCAAAGCAAUAACAACUUUGAAAGAAACACUGGAGCAAUCUAUAGGUCAAUUGAGGAGCCAGCGACUAACACGAAGCUCUGGAAUGAGAAGUGCAUCUCUCUCAAGCUUAUAUCCCAGUGACCUGGAUGGAGAAGGAACAUCAGGCAACCACCACUUCCUGCCCACUUCUCCUCUCAGGGAUUACGGAGUCUCACAGGGCAGUAAACACCGAAGGUCUCGAUCUGCAAGUGUUCGUUUUGUCAGUGAGGCAGACAAUGUGGAGCAGCUGCAUUCUUUCCACCAGUCUCUUCGGGAUCUCAGCAGUGAACAAGUUCGCCUGGGAGAUGACAUCAGUCGCGAGCUUUCAAGAAGAAAUCGGACUGAUGCUGAAUUAAGAAAGACUCUAGAAGAAUUGUCUGAAAAGCUCACUGAGUCCCAAAGACAAGAAACGGUAUCAGAACGAGUAGAGAGGAGACUUCAGGAGAUAGAAGAAGAAAUGCGUGCUGAAAGACAGCUUGUAGAAAGGCGCCAGGACCAGCUGGGCCAUGUGUCUCUUCAAUUACAGGAGGUUUUAAGGAAGCAAGAUGUUAAAGCAGAUGAAACAGAAGAGCUCGUGAGAAACAAACUUGUGAAAUACGAAAGCGAAAAGCACCAGCUUGAGCAGGAAUUGGAGCAGUCCCGGAAAAAGUUGAGUGAAUCUGAAGGCAGUAGAGAAGCUCUUUUGCAUCAGAUUGAGGAUCUUCGUUCUCAGCUUUUGAGAGCAGAAGAAGACCGUGUAGAAUUGCAACAUCAAAUCUCUUAUGCUGCUAUGCAUCGCCAGAGCUAUCAGGAUGCACAAGAUGAUGACAGGAGAAUUAGAGCAGUAGCUGAAAGAUAUGAGAGAGAGAAGCAAGAUCUAGAGAAACAUAUUUUGGAACUUAAAGCAAAGCUGAGUCAUAAUGCUGUAAUGUCAGAGGUAGAAGAACUGAAGAGAUGUAUAGAGCGUAAGGACAAGGAGAAAGCACAGCUUGUGAUGCACAUACAGGUGUUAACAUCUGACCUGGAAAACAGGGAGAAGCAGCAGGAAAAAAUGCUGGAUCAGCUAAAGGAGAUACAGAAUUGCUACAAGGCAUGUGAGAGUGGACGCAGACAAACUGAACUCCAGUCUGCUGAGUUAGCUCAACAGGUUGAAGAGAGUACCAAGGAAGCAGAACGGUAUCUCAGUGAGUUCAAGCACUCAGAGGCACUCAGGCUGGAGAUUGAGAAAAAAAGAGAAGAUUUGAAGGUGAGAGCCCAGGAAACCAUCCGCCAAUGGAAAUUGAAGUGUAAGAAACUGGAUCGUGAGGUAGAAAAGCAAAAUCAAGCUAUCAGUGAACUGAUGGACAAGAAUAGUCAGGCCCUUAAAGAAAAAGAUGAUCUCAAAAGUCAGCUUCUCUCAGCUAUAAAUCAAAUAGAAAACCUGCGGAAAGAGCUGAAUGAUGUGCUUACAAAGAGAGCCCAGCAGGAAGAACUCCUUCACUGUAAAGAGGUAAAACUGAAUGAAAUGGAGUCACACCAGGUAUCUCUUGAAGAAGAGAUCAAAGAAGUUCAAGGUACUGUAAAAAAAUUGGAGAAUGAGUUGAAAAAGCAAGUCUUUCUACAAAAGCAAAUGCAAGCUGAGAAGGAGCACUUGAAGACAGAACUUGCAAAUAUUAACUUGUUUCAUAAAAAAGACCAAGAACGACUCCUAGAAAUGCAAGCAGAUGUGAAACAUUUAAGUGCUGUACGUGUGGAACUAACAAACAGAAUUGCAGAAGAGGAGAAAGCCAAAAAGGAAUUACUUAAGAACCUCUCAGACCUCCAGAAACAGCAGGAAUCUAGUCAUGAAGAGAUGAUUUCAGCUAACAGGCAGCUGAAGAUGGAAAGAGAAGUUCACCAACAGGAGUUGGCAGAUCUUAGAUCAGAGUUACAAAAUGUGAAAAUCAAACAUGAACAAAAUGUUCAAGAGCUCAUGAAACUCCUUAAACAAGAAAAAGAUGAUGGAGAGGCUCAGAUUAGAAUGCUAAAGAUGGAACUUUUAGAAGAGAAAAACAUAGUCAAGGCUCAGUGUCGACAGCUGGAAAAAAUAAAAGUUGAGUGUGAUAAAUUGACAGAAGAAUUAACCCAAAAUGAGGAAGAAAAUAUAAAACUAAAACGGAAAUGUGAGUUUGUAAAACAAGAACUGGAGAAAAAGGAAAAACAGAUCAGCAAUGAAGAUCAUUUGAGAAAGAUGAGUGAGGCCAGACUGCAGUUUAAAGAUCAGCUACGUCAAUUAGAAAUGGAACAGCAAUCCAUUCUCUCCAUGAUAGGAAGUGAAAUUGAUGCUGCUUGUGAAAUCUUUUCUCGGGACUCCAUGGAGAAAUUCAAAGCAAUAACCCUUACACCAACAGUACUGAAUGAUCCUCAUCGCUGGUUAGCAGAAACAAAGACUAAGCUUCAGUGGCUCUGUGAGGAGGUAAAGGAAAGAGAAAGUAAGGAAAAAAAGCUGCGAUGCUACUUGCUGCAGAGCCGAGAACAGCUCAAGCACUUUACACAGAUAAAGGAGACUGAACAUCAGUCUCUCUUUAAACAGAUAAAAAACCAGGAAAAACUUUUGGAAGAAGUUCACAGAGAAAAAAGAGAGCUACUAGAGAAGACACACAGAAGAGAAGAAGAAAUGGGAGCUCUCCAGGAACGUAUUAUGGCCUUAGAAAUGAGUACCCGAGUGGCUUUAAACCACCUGGAGUCUGUGCCUGAGAAACUGAGCCUGUUAGAAGAGUGCAGAGAUACUGGGGAGUCCCAUUGCCGAAGGGAGAUGAUUGAGGAGAGGUAUAUGAGGUAUAAAGACAUAGUGACUUCUUUGCAGCAACAGCUGGAACAUUCAAAGCAAAGAGUUGGGCAAGUCAAGGAUGUGAAAAUGGAUGCUGAAAUUUCUGAUGUAGAAGUGGCUGCUCAUUCUAGUUGGCGAACUCAAAACAGCUUUUUGUGCAGCUCACCGCUUUCAAGUGCAGGUUCACUUACGAAAGGGAUGGUUCCUUUGGAUACAAGUGGCACCAAGGAAGAUGCUACUAAUGUUGCUGUUAGUGAAAAGAAGCUGCAAGCAGAAGGAGGAAAGCUAUAGAAUAUGUUAUGAAACCACAUCAGUUUUCUCUGUGGUAAAUUCCAUUCCACUUUUUUUAUUUGGUUUUGAACAGUAGUAAUUCCAUCUGCUGUAGGAGUGAUGCACCCUUAAUGAUUCAACAAUUGCCAAACACUCAAAUGAAAGAGCACCAAGACUAACUCUAAUGAACUCUUUUGAUAAUUUAGGUGACUUGCACACCAAAGGCUUUCUGAGAUUUUGCUAUUCUCUUGUAUUUGUUUCUGCAAUCCACUUAGACUAUAUUUAUUGUAUUCCUGAAAUACUGUGAAAUGAAAUACCUGUGACAUUAAUCUUUGCUAUGAGCUUAUUUACCCCUAUACAGGAAUUGUUCUGACACUUGUUUUUUAAUUAUGUUUAAUAACAUUAUUAAUAAUGAAAAAACAUUCAGAAGUUGCCUAUUACUAUGAUAGAGAAUAAUUAUACACUGUUGUACAGACACAUUUGUGAUUUUAGGUCCCUCAGUUUGAAAAAAUCGUUUAAGAAAGAAGUGAUAAAACAAAAUUUUCUCAAAGCAAAUAAAAACCCAGCUUGGUUUUGGGUUCAGCAUAUAUGUAUUAUAAGUUGUCUAGAAUUAUUCUUUUGGCCAGCACACUUUUAUUAGAUGGCCUCAAUUAGGCACUUUAAAGAAUCUGAAUCUCACCCUUCUGUAUCGAGAGUGUUGAACGGCACUUCUUUGUGGCUGUGAAAAUUUUAAAAGCAAUGUUUAA